AUGGCAGACAAGACGAGGCAGUCCUCGGGCGGCCGCUCCAUCUUCUCCCGCAGCAAACAUAAGGAGAAGGACAAGCGCUAUACAGAAGACUCCCGAUACCCACCAGACGACGCCGCCAGCUACCGCUCCUCGCGCCACCACCGAGAAUCCUCCAACGUCUCUAUUGAGCGCUCAGGGUCUCCUGAUGGAGGCAUCAACACCAUGGCCGGGGUCAUUACCUCAAUCCCCUACGAUACCCUCGCCGGCGGCUCCCGAUCCCCGAUCCCCGUCGAAUAUCUACCCAAGGGCGAGCAGGUGCCAGUGCGCCGUGAACCCCUCCCUCACCACCUCAAUAAAGGGAUGGACUUUCACCAAUAUCCCAGCUUCGAUGCGCCCACUACACCCACCGGCGCCCAUUCCCCCGGUAGGUCACCGGCUCCCAAUAACCUCACCAUGGCUUCAACAGGUCGCCAGGCCCAGUACCAGCAGUGGGGACCAGGCACACCCCGAGGCAGCUCAACCCCCACAAACGGCGGCCGAUACGACUCUUACAUAUCCUCCAACGGACGGGGCUCUGCCGAUAAUCUGAGCGUCUACUCAGGGAACCCAGGCCCAAACGAUCCCAGGCUCUCGCGCGCAUCAAAUCUGGCACCGCCCGGUGCUUCCGCCCAAAGCACAUACGCCAACCAGCAAUCCCACCGCCUAACCAAGUUUCCCGGACCUGGACAGGGCGGCCACGAUGGUUUUCACUUCCCGAAACCCGACGACGAUAAUGUGGUGGAACAGAUGUUCCUCCAGCUCAUGCAGAAGCGAGGGUGGCAUAACCUCCCCGAGCAGGCUAGGAGGCAAAUGAUGGCAUACCCUUCGCAGAAGAAGUGGACGCUGCUAUACCAGGACCGACUCACCGAAUGGCAGGGCGAGCAGAAGCGCAGACAGAGUGUCCGCCCGAACCAAUAUGCAGCCCCCGAUAUCACCACUUACUCCGACGAGGAAGGUACCCCUGAAUGGUACGUGAGACGAGUCAUGGAGGAUAGACUUGACACCAAGGGAAUGGGGAGUUUGGAAGUCAACUUGAGAACCCAGCAGAUUGGCUGGGUCAAGAGAUUUGUUGAAUGUCAGGGCCAGGUCGCCCUGAUGACCUUGCUGCUUAAGAUCAACCGCAAGACAGCGCAGGGCCCUGCGCAACCAGACACCAACAGGUCCGAUAAGAACCUCGACCGCGAGUAUGAUAUUAUCAAGUGUGUCAAGGCCCUUAUGAACAACAAGUUUGGUGCCGAUGAUGCCCUCGUUCACCAGAAGGUCAUGGUCGCCCUCGCGACCUCACUCAUCUCGCCGCGCCUGACCACCAGGAAACUGGUCAGCGAAAUCCUCACCUUCUUGUGUACUUGGGGUGAAAAUGGCGAAGGCCAUCUUAAAGUUAUCCAGGCGAUGGACGAGGUCAAGUCGCAGGCAGGCGAGAAUGGCCGAUUCGACGCCUGGAUGCGCUUGGUGGAGGUCACGGUUGAUGGCCGCGGAAAGAUGGGUAGUCUGGUGGGUGCGAGUGAAGAGUUGAGGACUGGCGGCAUUGGCAUGGAGAACCUACUCAUGGAAUACGCGGUUGCUACGCUUUUCCUCAUCAACAUGAUGGUCGACUCGCCCGAGAAGGACCUUCAGUUGCGAAUUCACAUUCGCGCCCAGUUCACAGCAUGUGGCAUCAGGCGCGUCCUGCACAAGAUGGAGGGGUUCCAAUAUGACCUCCUGGACAAACAAAUCGAGCGGUUCCGCACCAACGAAGCCAUUGACUACGAGGAUAUGCUCGAGAGGGAGAAUAGCAGCAUCAAGGACAACGUUGAAGGCGAUGUAAAGGAUCUUACCGACCCCGUGCAGAUUGCCGAUGCCAUUCAGCAACGCCUCGUGGGAACAAAGACGCAAGAUUACUUCGUCUCAGCCCUCCAGCACCUCAUGCUCAUCCGAGCCAACGAUGGCGAGGAGCGCCUGCGCAUGUUUCAGCUAGUCGAUUCAAUGUUAAGUUACGUGGCCAUGGAUCGACGACUACCCAACAUGGACCUCAAGCAAAGCCUCAACUUUACUGUCCAGAGUCUGCUCGACAAGCUACACACAGAUUCGGAGGCCCGGCAAGCUCAGGAUGAGUCUCUCGAGUCGCGGCAGAUAGCCGAGGCCGCGAUGGCAGAGCGUGAUGAGAUGCAGGCAAGGCUUGAACUUGGCGCUGAUGGACUGGUCGCCAAGAUGCAACGGCAGAUGGACGAGCAAACCCGGUUUAUCGAGGCCCAAAGGCGGCAAGCAGAUGGGCUAAAGGCCGAAUUGGAAAAUAUACAAACCGUGCGAGCCAAGGAGGCUCAACGUAACGAGCUGGAGACGCGAGAGCUGUACCUCAUGCUCCGAGACGCUCAGGAUAUCGCCGCUUCGAAGGCAGUCAAGAGCAAUGCCAAGGCCGCACCCAAUGAACCCCCGGCCCAAAUGCAGGGCAUCUUGGAUCGCGAUCGUCUCAUGGAGCGCCUCCAGAUGCAGAUUGAGCGACAGAAGACCCAGUUCAAGCUGGAAGGCCGCGUGUGGGGAGAAGCCGUCGGCCCCUCAGAUCGCCUUCGGGCCCUUCGAGAGGAAAUGGAGGGAGAUGUCCCGACCACACCCCCCGGCGGUGGAACACCACCUCACGACUUCACAAACAGUAUGCUCGGCAGCAUCAACCGACAGACCAAGAUCCCCCGAAAGCCUAUCAGGCGACGCGGAGAGGACGGCGAGGUGAUUGAGGAAGGAGACGAAACCGAGGGCGAGGAUGGCGUCGUCUACGAGAAGCCCAGAAUCAUCGAGAUGAAGCGGCCGGUCAUGGAUCCCAGGCAGCAGGCUGGCUUGCUUGGAGAGAUUGGAUCCAAGGUCAAGAGAUACGACGCCAGCGAUUCGGAGGAUGGCGAUACCACUACCGGCCUAUCUCACCCCAGCAUGGAGUCGCCCAUCACAACCCCUGGCGAUGGCGAAGCGCCCAAGAUCCAAGUUACCCGGGCAGGUGGACCACCACCGCCGCCUCCUCCGCCACCACCUCCCCUGCCCGGACAUCUACCCGGGGCCCCCCCACCUCCGCCGCCGCCGCCGCCUCCGCCUCUACCGGGUCACCUUCCCGGAGGUCCGCCGCCGCCACCUCCGCCGCCCCCUCUACCUGGCAUGUUGCCCGGUGGACCCCCGCCUCCUCCUCCGCCUCCGCCUCUCCCUGGUGCUGCGGGAAUGCCACCACCGCCACCUCCCCCGAUGCCUGGCGCAAAGUCUGGUCAUUUCUUGCCUCAGCAAGCAGGCUUUGUGGCUCCCGGCAUUGGCUUGCCUGUUGUGCGACCCAAGAAGAAGCUCAAGGCUCUGCAUUGGGAGAAGGUCGAUACCCCUGAGACCAGUCACUGGGCGGCUCACACACCCUCUGCCGAAGAGCGCGAGGAGAAAUACCAAGAGCUCAGUAAAAAGGGUAUCUUGGACGAAGUCGAGAAGCUGUUCUUGGCCAAGGAGAUCAAGAAGAUUGGCAUGGGAAGCUCUAAGAAGGAUGACAAGAAGCAACUCAUUUCUUCCGAUCUGCGGAAGGCUUAUGAAAUUGCUUUUGCCAAGUUCUCCCAGCAUUCUGUUGAAAAGGUCGUGCAAAUGAUUAUUCACUGUGACACAGAAGUCUUGGACAACCCUGUGGUCAUGGACUUCCUGCAAAAGGAUGACCUGUGUAACAUCCCGGACAACACCGUCAAGCAGAUGGCACCUUACAGCAAGGACUGGACUGGACCCGAGGCCACCAAGCAGAACCGAGAGAUGGACCCCACUGAACUUACUCGCCAAGAUCAGAUUUACCUGUACACUGCGUUUGAGCUGCAUCAUUAUUGGAAGAGCCGAAUCAGGGCGCUGGCACUCACACGAAGCUUCGAGCUUGACUACGAGGAGAUCAACGAGAAGAUUCGCCAGGUUGUUGCUGUAUCUGAGUCUCUACGGGACUCCGUGUCUCUCAUGAAUGUCCUCGGUCUCAUUUUGGAUAUUGGUAACUACAUGAACGACGCAAACAAGCAAGCGCGCGGCUUCAAGCUCAGCUCUCUAGCAAGACUAGGCAUGGUCAAGGACGACAAGAACGAGUCGACGCUGGCAGAUCUCGUGGAACGAAUUGUUCGAAACCAAUAUCCUGAGUGGGAAGGCUUUGCCGAUGAUAUCGGCGGUGUCAUGAUUGUGCAAAAGAUCAACAUUGAGCAGCUUCAAACCGACGGCAAGAAGUACAUCGACAACAUCAAGAACGUCCAGAUGUCACUGGACUCGGGCAACCUGAGCGAUACCAAAAAGUUCCACCCUGAAGAUCGAGUCAGUCAGAUUGUACAGCGAUGUAUGAAGGAGGCCAGGAGGAAGGCGGAGCAGAUGGAACUUUACCUGGAUGAGAUGAUGAAGACUUACAAGGAUAUUAUGGUCUUCUAUGGCGAAGACCCCGGUGAUGAGAAUGCCCGACGAGACUUCUUUGCCAAGCUGGCCCUGUUUGUGGGCGAGUGGAAGAAGUCGCGGGACAAGAACGUCACGGUGGAGGCGACGAGGAAGCGCAACGAGGCGUCGAUGAAACGAAAGCACGCCCAGUUGAAGAUCAACAACGCGACCGGAGACGCUGGCCCUACAUCUCCUUCCAACACUGGCGCAAUGGACUCCCUGCUGGAGAAGUUGCGCGCUGCCGCGCCGCAGGUUCGGGACCAGAGAGACCGACGCCGCCGUGCGCGCCUCAAGGACCGACACCAGGUCCGUGUUGCAUCAGGGCAGAAGAUUCCGGAUAUCGACGAGAUUCCCGAAGCCGAAGCCACCAUAAAGGCGGCUGCGGAGCCGACCAUCGACGAAGAUGGAAACCCGCUGAGCCCAAGCUUGUCGUCGCCUAGAGAAGGCGGAGACGACGUUGCCGACCGGGCAGCAGCACUACUUCAGGGCAUGCGUGGAGGUGAUGGCGCAGAUGAUAAUGACCCGGAGAGGCGGGAGAGUAUGCGAAAAGCGAGGAGACAGACAGCAGAGGAGGAGCGGAGACUACGUAGGAGAAGACGAGAGAAGGCCAGCGCCGCUCAACCCGAGGAUGGCAAGGAAGAGACGAAAGAGGAGGCUACAACAGAGAACGGCCACGCAGGAGAGGACUUACUAUCACCGACAACGUCCACGAAUGGUGAGCCCGCAGAGGAGGAGGAAAAGGCAUGA